AUGAAAAUUUCAGUGGCUGACCAAUCGGUUCCCGACCAAGAGUUGAUGGAAAAGAGUGUGGAGGAAGAGGUCGGACCAAAUAUAAAGGGCACGUGUGAGACAUUACCAUCAAGAAUAAAGGUAACCAAAGAGGAGCAUGAUCAAUUGGGAAAUGUGAUUCGGGUCUGCGAAGGUAAUAUUGUGGUGAACAAGUGCGAGGGCACGUGUCUGUCGCAACUCAGACCCAGUAUCACAACGGCUACCGGUUUCCUCAAGGAAUGUCUUUGUUGUCGAGAGAGUCAUAUGAAGCAAAAAGAAGUCCAUUUGACCGACUGUUUUGAUUUGGACGGCAAGAAACUGUCCGACACUAUGACAGUGUCGAUGAUGGAGCCCACGGACUGCAGUUGCCAUAAAUGUGGUCAAUAA